AUGCCACCUAAGAAAGGUAAGGGCAAACAACCACCGCCAGCACAAGCCAAAACCUUAAUGGGCCCUCCUCCUAAACCUAAGAAACCUCCACCUCCUCCUGCUUGUUUUGGACCAGAAGACUUGGCGAAGUUCAAAGAAAUGUUUAAAGCUCACGAUGAAGAAAAUAUAGACAAAGUUAAGCUAGAGGCCAUCCCUUUAAUGUUGAGAAAAUUAGGAUUUAACCCGAAAGGCGCAGAGAUAAAAGAACUUUUCAGAUUAUUUUUGGAAGAUGAUCUAGUUGACACAGUGGAGUACCACGAAUGGCUAUUUAUGAUAGAAGCUAAAAUGAAUUGGGGUGAUGAUUUUGAAUUGGCAGUGACAAAAGCAUUUGCUGCAUUAGGACAUGAUGACGAUGAAACUGGUGUUGCAGACUUAGAAGUAUUACGCGAGGAACUUAUGACGUGGGGUGAGCCUUUAUCUGAAAUUGAGUUUGUAGACUGGCUUCGCUUAGCGAUAAAAGAUAAAACUUAUAAUCCAGAAGAUGGCACGGUACAGUACGAUAAGUUCAUUGAAAAUAUGAAUGCUAAAGAUGAGAGGUACAUAAAAGAACCCAUCAACUUCUUUAAACUGGAUCAGAAGACCUUAGCUGAGAUGGCAAUGAAGAAGGCUCAAGAAGAACGCGAAGAACAAGAAAAAAAAGAUGCUGAAAAACGUGCAAGGGAAGAAGCAAGAACACAGAGAAUGAUCGCUGAAGGCUUAAUACCUUCAGAU